UAACGGUCAUUCACGCCAUAUGCGUAAGACGUAUGGACGUAUGAUUACCCUUAACAUUGUAUACUUAGCAUAUAUACUUGUGUAGUCAUGCAUGGUAUGGUCAGUACGUUAUUCGUCCUGCUGCGGUCAGUAAAUGUUCUAGAGGGACAAACGAAAUACAAACCUCAAAGUAGGCUACAAAGUACAUACUUGGUGAAGCAGGGCGAAGGUUUUUACAGGGAAUAACUGCAGAUCGUUCGGAUGUGACGCAAAUAAUUAGGUCCCUAGAACACCUUGACAUGCACGUAAUGACGAACCUUGAAAGUUGGAAUUCAGUAGCUGUCCGGGGACCAGUUCAGCUCUAUCCGGGGACAAUCAUCUUCAUUAGCCAGACUGGAGCAGACAACGAUAUUUGUCUCGUUAUCGUGAUCGUUAGCCAGUUUUGGACACUCGUUUAUUAAAAGGACACAGAUCACCAAAAAAGGGUUUGAAAAUACAUUUUCUGCCAGGUUUUGGUGAAUAUUCAUGAUUUUGAGGCGGAACGAUACAAGAGUUGUGAGGUCAAACACGACGAUAGAUAUUCUAAUGCUGAUUCCAGUCCUGAUACAAGUAGAAGAUUAACACAAAGAAAAAACUACAUAUAGACACAAUCAAGUAGGAGUUUAACACAAAGACAAGACUACAUUUAGACACGAUCAACAAUGCAUCCCCGAAAUCUCUUUCGUGAUUCAAGACUGGCUGUUCAUAUAUUAGUUUGUUUAUUUGGAAUAUCUUCAUGGAUCGAUAUAAACGGAUUGUGGGUGGAGCUACCAUUAAUGGUGACGAAACUACCGGAAGCUUGGAGUUUGCCAUCUUAUAUGAUAGUUAUUAUACAAGUCGCGAACAUUGGGCCUUUGUUGUUUGUUAUUCUAAGUUACAUGUACAAGGAAAAAAGACUGGAAGUGGGAACAAGUAUCUUGGUAAUAAGUGUAGGACUCGUGGCAUGCCUCUUAUUAGCCAUGUUCUGGCAAGAGACAACUAUUAUAGCCGGAAAAUAUCAUAGCACGGCAUUGCUCACUCUUAACUUCUUCCUUGCUACCGUCGAUUGUACAUCAUCCUUGGCAUUUCUGGCUUUCAUGUCCUCAUUAAAAGCUCAAUAUAUGUCGACGUAUUUUAUUGGCGAAGGAUUAAGCGGAAUGAUCCCGAGUUUAACAGCAUUAGCACAAGGAGCUGGUCAGAUUAAUUGUAUUAAUGGAUCCAACAUCAAUGCCACGAUCAUUAACAACACGUGGUUUAAUGACACCAGUUAUUUUACUUAUCCUAUGUAUGAAGAACCCAAAUUUUCUGUUCAAGUUUUCUUCUUUAUUUUAUCAGCAAUGAUGCUUCUGUCAUUGACAGCAUUUCUUGUGUUAAAAUUUCACCCUUCCCUCAAAAGUGAAUAUACUAAAAAUUUCACCUCCAUGGACAAAUAUAUGGAGAAUCCUGUUGAAGUCAUCACCAUCACAAAAUAUGAGACACAAAACGGCGAGAAUAAACACAACAGCGUCAAAGAGGAAAUCGAUAUAGAGCGAAAACCUACCAAGGCCAAACCUACUACGACCACCAUUAUCAUUUUACUCUUUACAGUUGCCUGGAUAAAUUUCUUUACUUCAAGCUUCCUGUUAGCAAUCCAGACUUAUUCCUGCCUGCCAUACGACAUUGAGGUCUAUCAUUUAACAGUGACUUUGACAAACAUUGCAAACCCUUUGGCAUGUUUCGCCGCCAUGUUUUAUACCAUUUAUUCUACAGAAGGGAUCGCUGUCAUCACCUGUAUUGGUACUGCACUGGGAUCGUAUAUUAUUAUAGCAGCAGCAAUGAGUCCUGCUCCACCUCUAGUAGGUCAUGCAUCUGGAGGACCAAUAAUGGUAACAACAUGGGUAGUGUGUAUAUUUGUUUUAACCUAUGCUAAAGUGGGUGUGGCAAAUGUUUUAAGGCUGAGUGGAAGGAAAAGUUUGAUUCUGUGUGGAGCCUUUACUCAGAUUGGUAGUUUUAUUGGAGCGAUUGUUGGCUAUAUAUUAAUUAAUAUAUAUGCAUUAUUUGUUGAUGCGCCCUAUUGUUAAUCAUUUUUAUAUUAUACUCCCACGCUGUGUCGUCACCCAUGUCGGUCCAUCGGUGUUAUUUCAAAUUUGAUGUCAUCAGUCACGAGAGGACGAACCCUGCGUUAUUUAGGAGAUAAACACUUCCUGUUUCGCAUUUAGAUUGGUGUUAUAUUGUCCAGUAGACAUGUCCUUAUAUCAUUAGGACCCAAGAGGCGUUAGCGUCACGGGUUCUAAUGUAAAAUCUCAGGACAUGUCUAGUGGACAAUAACACCCCUCUAAAUGCGAAACAGGAAGUGGUUAUCGACAUUGUAACAUGCUAUUUUAGGAUUUUAAAAGAAAUUACUAAAACAGAGGGGUGUUAUAGUCCAAUAGACAGUGUCUAAUUGACCAAUUAAAACGCAAGAUUCACCCUUAAGCAUGUUACCACCACCUUUAACCCCCUUGAGAUAGGUGCUACAAUUUUUAACAUAUUUCAUUUGUAUCUAAUGUGAAGCCUUGGGGUCACGGGAGGAUGAACUCUAUCGACGUGUAGUGAAUCAUUGGGGGCAAGGGAGGGCGAACCUUGUCGAUGUUCAGCUGUCGUCGACCUUCCGUUCCGCAGCCCCAUUCCCUUCAUUUCCAAAAAUGUUUUAAACGCGAAAGAUGCUAUAGCUUUAGCGAUCUGUUUUCAAAUUUGGUGUAAAUCCUAAUGAGUGAAAUAGGAUGAACCCAAUUGAUUUCCUAAUAUGGUAUGGAGCAUUGGUAUUAGAGAGAGGGGAAUGGGGUUUAACGUCCGUUAAAGGAUGUAUCCUCUAUCGUGUUCACAAUGUUUUCAGAAAAGGGGGGAACUCUGGAACACCAAAUUUGGAAUGCAUCUGUUAAAAACUGUAGCCGCUAUUGUUUUCAGAAGGUUUGAAGCAAGGGGGAUGUUGUGGAGCAGUGAAUAUCGAUGGAGUUCGUCCAAGUUUUCGUACAAUCAGGGGCAAUAAUCAAGGAAUUUAUGGCCCGACAUGUGUCCGAGAUAUUUUAAGCUUCAUCCAAAUUCGAUAAAAAAAUUAUUACCUGUAGAGUGUCCACAAACAAAUGUGAACAGACAUCGCGAUGGACAUGGGCGACUGCAUAACACGUCCAUGUGAUAAUGUGGGCGAAUAAAAAACUGCUUAAAGGCUCAAUACCACUCGUGUUGUAACUGAAUAAUAUGUCCCAAUCUUUACUCUGGUUAACAAAUUGUACUAUUUUAGAAUAUUUCAAUUAAUUGAUGAUACAAAUUUCAUCUUAACACACCUUAUUUAAAAAUUUAGAAAAAUUCAACAUAAUGGUUUGAAACGUCUAACGUAAACCUUUUCAAAUGAAACUUCGAUUUAAAAAUAUUUUCGAACCCUCUGGACAAGUAAAAUAGGAUGUAAUGGAUAAUUUACACAACAGGUAGGACACUUAAACAUCUAGUACUUAGAUAGAGAUAUUAUUUAUUUUCUGGAGCUUUCAAGCCAGCAAGAGUGUUAUUGUCCCUUUAAGAAUGAAUAAAUAAGUUGUUUUUAUGUAUCGGAUUGUUAUUUGUUAAUAUCUAUAAUUGUUAAAAAUGAACAAAGGACUACAAACAGUAGAAUAACAAAAUACUAACUAUUAAAAGUGUUGACAAGAUACGUUAAACUAUGGAAGCGUAUCUGGGUCAAUGGCGCGAUAGAUACUACAAUUUUAAACAUGCAUUAUGCAAGAGCUAAAUUAGCAUAUUUUAAGUCUUUAUUUAGGCUUCAGAUGUCAUAGAAAUUAUAAAUUAGAUCUUUAUUUACACAACAAGUCCAAAAUCAACUCUGUAGACCCACGGAUGGCUUGGAUUUAAACAGGAUUUUAUUGAUUGAUUAAAUUUUUAAAUGGCGUCGUAAGCAGAGAUUAACCGUUACGUUUACGUCAUACUCCCGGAAAUUUUCCAUAAAAGGCAGUGAUGAUCGAGGCUAAAUGAUAGAUCGUACGAUGCGAGGCCGCUGUUGAGCGAGGCCGCAUGUCAGUCAAUUUGAUUGAAAGUUCGAUAUACCGACUUGAUAUUAUGUUUAGUUGUAGUUAAAAUGAGAAAAAAUAUGGAAGUUGAUAAACAUCGCAGCUAACAUCACCCCAGUUGAAUGGCAGUCCCAUUGGAUCAAUGUUUCCUAUGUCUGCUUCGGGAGUCACGUACUAGGCCUACCAGGUACAGUACAAGAGUACACGCAGGCUAACAAGAAAGUCGGCUAUAAUUAUGUACAAUGCUGCCUCAUUGAUUUGGUCCAUUCCUUUCAAACUUUCGCUUCUUAUCUAUAUAUUAAAGGUCUUAUUUUUAAUUUGUAGUAAAAAUAAAUGUGAUACGAAUUGAAUUGCAACCCCGUCUCAAACCGAAUAGGCUAACGGUACCACAGCCAUUAUGUAGGUGGAGUUAACGCCUGUCAAUCAAACGAUCGGCCAUUCUCGGAGACGGUGAAGAUAGAGUUGACUCCUAUUUCUAGUCAAAAAUUACAAAGGUGAUAACUAUGUUCAGAAUAAAGUAAUUUGACUGAAA